AUGAUUACCAUUUUUACACCACCUAUUUCUUCUCCUUCCUGUGGAGGGUGUGGGGGGGGGUACAGUAUGGGGGGUAUGUGGGGUGUGUAUGGGGGGUACGGGGGGUAUGGAGGGUAUGGGGGGUGUGUAUGGGGGGUACGUAUGGGGGGUACGGGGGGUACAGUAUGGGGUGUAUGGGGGGUAUGGAGGGUACAGUAUGGAGGGUAUGGAGAGUAUGGGGGGUGUAUAUGGGGUGUGUAUGGGGGGUAUGGGGGGGGGGGUAUGUGGGGUAUGGAGUCUGCUCCUCCUUCGCUGGGAGCAGACGGAGGUUUGUGA